AUGGAUUCUUAUGUUCAUCCGAACAAUAGCUGGUUGCCGCCUGACGUGGCGGCACAGGCGGCUAGCGAGGAGCCUGGAAGAUUUCAUGCAGUUGCCGAGGAGGUUCAGGCUGCGUGGAAGCGCGGGAUGGAGCAAGGCCAUGGCGGAGAGACUCUGAAAUGGGUCUCCGUCGUCAAUAGUUUCGUGGCGUCCAAGUCUCGUCUGGAGGUUUCUGACCUGGAGCUCGUGUCAAACACCGCCCUCGAUAUAAUCACAAGUUGCCGUGGCCCUAGGGAUCUCUUUAUUCAGAUCCGCUGGUCCCAGUGCAUCUCUCGCAUCCUCCGCAAGCACCGCGCCUCGCUCUCCCUCUCCAUCCCCUGGCGCCCGCUCUACUCCAUCCUCGCUAUACACCUCCCCUCUGCUCCAGGGUCCACCCCCCUGCCCAGCUACGUGGGAGCGGCACUGCUGCAGAUUCACAUCAACGCCAUCACAGAGCUCAUUCGGCGGGCGAGAAGGUUCUUCCCCCCUGGCUCUGCUGCUGACAUCUGGGCCUUCCUCAGGCCACAGUUCGAUGACGUCAGCAGCAAUGAUGCUCUGGAGGCAGCGGCUCUGCUGAAUCUGCUGCUGCCAACCACGUGCCGCCAUGUGGCACCAGGCGAGGAUGAUGCCUCUGCUGAAUGGAGUGUCUGGGUGCCGGAGUGGCUGUCGCUGUGGUCCUCUAUUCCCCACUGCACCUUUUGGGACGCUCAGUGGAUCUCUCUCCUUGCACGCUUAGCAAAACACCAGCAGCUACGUCACCAGCACCAAACCACCUCCUCCCCACCUCCUCCCUCCUCCUCUCCCUCCUCUCUCGCUUCCCAUCCUCUCUCCCUCUGGUCCCCUCACCUUCCUUUCCUUUUCCAGAAGAUUCUCGAGUCUUUCUCGCUCCCCAUCGGCCAAUCCCCGUCCGCCACGUCAGCGCAACUUGAGCGUCCCGUCUCUCCAGCAUGCGCACGUGUCUUCCUAUCGCUGCUUGACAGGUGGCAGCAGCGCAGAGUGCCGCACCAGCAGCAGGUGGUUCGGGCCGUAGCUGGCGCCAAGCUUGUCGUCUGGCUGCUGGCAAACCCCGAACCUGCCGGCCAUGGUUUGGAUGCUGAACCUCCUGCGUCUGGCUCAGACCGAGCCUUGGAAGUGCAGGGAGGAGAAGUGUCUGUGCUGCGGCUGUUUGAUAAGCUAUCGAACGAUCUGGAGCAGUUCUUUCACCCAUCCAACGGUGGAGAAUGGACGGGGCUGCUGGAAAAGAUGCUGCAUUCUGCUACAUACCACCUCAUGAAGAGAAUCGCAGCAGAGAAGAAGAUUUUCGGUGACCGGUACCCCUCGGGUGCUCCUGCUUCCCUGUCCCCAGCCACCACAGCUGCCUUCAUCCGUCUGCUCACCCGUUUCAUCCACAACCGUGCUCUAUUCAGCAAGAGCCCCACCCUCUCUGCUGUCGCCUCCCGCGUGGCUGCCUCACUGUCCUACCUGGCGCCACGUGUCACCCUGCCAGUGGUCCUGGAGAGCUUCCAGGGGGCGCUGACCACUGUCACCGCAACACACCAGCUCGAGUCCGCCCUCUCUACCCUCGCCCUCUCCGUCCGCCCGUUGCUGCUCGCUGCUGCCCAAAUCCCCUCGGACCAAGACAGUGCCCUUGACUCUAUGGAGGUGGAUGAAUCAGGAGCGGUGGGGGUUGGGGAGGGUGGCAAUGGCAUGGGCACGUGGCAGGAGAUGAUUGGGCGGGCGAGGGAGGUGGUAUCUGAGGCGCUGGUGGCGACUCUUCCUGGGAUUGAUGCCAAUGACCCGCCCAAGACGCUUGCUACUCUGCAUCUCUACCUCUCUGUCUUCUCUUCUAUUGGUCCAAUAGGGGACGAGGAAAGCCCUUUCGCGCUCUCCAUUGAUUGGUCCACGUGGCUGGAGGACUUUCUCUCCCGUCUCUUCUCCCUCUUCUCUCACUUGGAGAGUGCUGCUCCCACUGCUACUGUGGCAAGCACUGCAGCAGGCACUGAGAGAUCUUUCCUUAUGAAGGAGGCAGAGGGGUCUACCUUCCGCUCCACCAUCAGCAUUCUCUUCGCCCGCCUCUCUCCUCCUCUCCUCAAUCAGGUGCUCUCAAGGGUGGAGCGUUACGUGUCCAGCUCUGUCAUCCGCGGGUGUGAGGAGGAGAUCGGCACAGUGGUGGCAGCGCUGGCAUAUGCUGCUCCUGAGCCCACGUGCAAUCGGAUCCUUGCUGGAGUCAUGGAUUCUGCGAUUUCUCUCCUCCAAUCGCUGCCUGCCACGUCAUUCCUGGGGCUCGCUGAGUUCCCUGCUGCUGCUGCUGCUGCAGAUGCAGGAGAGCUCUGUGACUUUUAG